UCCGCCGCAGACGUCAUGAGCGUCUUACUACCCAACAUGGCGGACUUUGAUACCAUUUAUGAGUUGGAAGACGAAGAGGAUGAGCAGGUAGUGAGUGAGGAACACUUGCCCAGAUACUGUCUGGAGCCCGUGGUGAUGCGAGGGGCCGGACACAUCACAGUGUUUGGACUGAGCAACAGAUUUGACACAGAGUUUCCCUCUGUUCUCACGGGAAAGGUUGCGCCAGAGGAAUUCAAAACCAGCAUCACCAGGGUGAACGGCUGCUUGAAGAAGAACUUGCCUGUGAAUGUGAAGUGGCUUCUCUGUGGCUGCCUGUGCUGCUGCUGUACAGUAGGCUGCAGUCUGUGGCCUGUUAUCUGCCUCAACAAGAGAACAAGACGGUCCAUUCAUAAGUUGCUAGAGUGGGAAAAUAACCGGUUAUACCACAAGCUGGGGCUGCACUGGAAACUCAGUAAAAGAAAAUGUGAAAGCAGCAAUAUGAUGGAAUAUGUGAUUCUUAUAGAAUUCUUACCCAAAUAUCCUAUAUUCAGACCGGACUGAGGAGCCGUUGACAGACUGGACGUGUGGCCCUUGAAUCUUCUCCUUAGUGCCUUGUAUAUACAGUAUGUUGGAAAAGGGUCUGCACCGCUGUCCCUCCUGACGGCCCCCUACAUCUCCCAGUACCUUGUACAUUAGAAUUUGCAACACUGUCACUUUGCUUUAGAGCAGAUUUUGCACUUUUUCCCGACAGAUCCAGACAUGUCCCCUUCGUUGCACUCGGAUGUGUUUUUUUGUUACAUGUGACAAAUAAGUGAAACUCUCCAAAAGUGCAUUUACCCCAAAGAACCAUCAGCUCAUCCCAUCCAUGAUAUCAGUAAUCCCUUGCAAAGAAUGUGACGCCUCCACCUUCCCAAACUGUCCUUGCCUUAUGUAUGACCUUUUGUUUUUAAAUAACAUGUAAGAGGAAGAGGAGGAGGAGGAAGGCCCUGGGUUCCUCAACAAGUCAGUCCAUUAAAAUGCUGGUUGUUGGGUUUGAAUCCAGUUCUUUGCAAGAAGAUGGGAUGGCUGACAUUGCCUAGCGUACAGUGUACGUCCUCACCUUGUGUUCUCUUUAUAUUUGACCCUCUGUACCUGGGAGCUAGCUAGUAUAAAACUUGACCUGUAAAUAU